CCUGGCUUGAUUUCAGCGUCAACCUUGCAUCUGGGUGAUGGGUACAUAUUGAAGUAAAGACUUGGUGUUUGUUUCUGGACAUUGGCAACCAAGCAAGGGCUUUCCGCCGACCUUGGGUUCAGCCAGCAGCUGGAAGUUCAGUUGAUGAACCUGCCCUAAAUACUGCCUUGUUAGGCAGCAUAUUCCCAAUCCAUCAAGUACUUGGACAAGUUCUCCAGAGGCCUGAGUUCCGGAGCAUUUUCGCUCAUUUUUUAGUUCCCCAUCCUAUUAUACCUGUCUUUAUCGUGACAAUAUACAAUGGAGGCCACUCAAGAGUCCACGCAACCAUGCACAGAUCGCUGGGCUAUGGGUGUGAAGAACUCAGGGCUACAUGAGGAGGAUGUUGCUGAUAUCAUCUGUAUUCUGCAUCCUAAUUCUCACGCUGCGCAUGAUGCUAUUGCUGCCACUGCGGAUUUCGCGCCCCAGCAUAUCUUGCAGCAAGACGAGCUAGGAUAUCAUAGCACACCUACCCUCGACGUCGCCCUACGACUAUCCUCGGUAUCCUGUGAACCAGCAAUGGGAUUCAUUUUCGGUCGCAAUCGCCAUCGGUGCGAUGUUCUUCUUGCCCGAGAUGACAGGGCUAAGAGGGUCUCUAACACGCACUUUCGCAUAUAUCUUACGGUGGAUGGAAUUCUCAUGCUGCAGGAUACUUCCACUAACGGCACCCUUGUAGACAACUGCCGACUCCAAAAAAGACACAAGGACAGGAACAGCAGAAUGCUAGCCAACGGGUCUGUCAUUCAUGUCGUCAGUGGGGCCGACUCAGUGGAUGAAAUUCGGUUCAUUGUUCGGAUACCAAAUCGAGAUGGAGUUGCGGGACAAUAUACAGAAAACUUCAAUCGAUACAUCGAGCGCACACAACCAAAGGGAAACGCCGUCACUCAACCAAGGACAUUUCAGUACCCUCCCCAAUGGACUGUUGGCAAUACCUACGGUAUGCACUGGUCAGGAGGUGACCUGUACAAUGUCACCGGCCUGAUUGGAAAAGGUGCUUUUGCAACGGUUUACAAGGUCGCAGAUCCACAGGAUGGCCACGUAUUCGCGUGCAAGGAACUUGAUAAACGACGUUUCAUGAAGAACGGGAUCUUGGAUCAGAAAGUGGACAAUGAGAUGAAUAUUAUGAAAGAUCUGAAGCAUCCCAAUAUUGUGCAGUUUGUCAGCCACCAUGACUACGAGCGAUGGUUGUACAUUAUCAUGGAAUAUGUCCCUUGUGGGGAGCUGUCUACAUACCUACAGUCGCAAGGAAAGAUCCCAGAGGAGAUGGUCAGGACCAUCGCUCGCCAGCUAUUGCAUGCCCUUCAGUAUCUGCAUCGGCGGAAGAUCACGCACCGAGACAUCAAGCCAGAUAACAUACUAAUCCAUUCAUUGGAUCCCUUGAAGAUCAAGCUUUCGGACUUCGGCCUCUCCAAGGUCGUACAGGAGGAAACGUUCCUCAAAACAUUUUGUGGCACACUUCUGUACUGCGCUCCGGAGGUUUAUCCUGACUAUGACACGUAUCGUCGCGGCGAGCCCAGAAAACGACGUAGAGCAGGUGAUCCGCCUCCAAAAACAUCUCCGUACGAUCAGUCGGUGGACAUGUGGUCACUCGGUGCUGUUCUGUUCCACAUUCUCUCCGGCACUCCGCCCUUCAUGGGUCGUGCAGAAGACCGAGGCGCGACGAUGCUGACGGCCAUCAUGACGGGUGAAGCCGACUACAAUGUUCUACGUGAGGCAGGCGUUUCGGAAGCCGGCAUUGACUUUGUCUCGCAUCUGCUCAACCGAGAUCCCCACAGGCGUCCAAAGGAGCGAGAGUGCUUCAAACACCCUUGGAUCGCCACUGUUCCCGACGAGGACGUGUAUGAGGACGACGGCUUCACUUCGGAUGCCUUGGAUGGGCUGCCAGCCAUUGGUGAGGACGAAGAAGAGGAGGAACUCGACGCCUCGCAGCUGUCCCUGAAUGAUCGGUUAGGCGCGGGUCUUGUCGAUAGCCAAGAAGAAGUGUUGGCAAAGAAGAUGAGGAUCGAUUGCCCACCAGGGGAGAUCCUCUAUCCGUCCCUGCCUCAGAUUGAGAGCCUGCAAGACUUUCAACCGUCCGCGACGCCUAAUACCCGACGGCUUUUCGGUGAAAUCACCAAUUCUGUCCUGCGAAGCUCCGAUGUCAUGGGCGAAGGGCUUAAGGCUUUCGAUGGGGACUUUAGCCUCCGUGACUUCGUGUCCUCAAAUGGUGAGUCGAUGAGCGAUAGCAACAGCCUGAACUCCGUCCUCUCCCUUCCGGACAACCCUUUCGGUGGAUCCGCACCAAGCUUAAUGGGCGCUGAGAACCUCGUCGGACAGCUGAACAUGAACUCGUCGUACCCGGCUCUACCGAACCCUUGGAACCCAGUGGCCGGACGGCCAAGACAACCGAGUAGUCCAGGAUCGGCCCAGGAACCAGAAUCCGCCGUGCACCCGUCCGUGUCCGGAAAGCCUUCAGUAUCUCAUAGGAAAGAUACGACUCCCAAAGCAGCCAAGAUCAGCGGUCGGAUCGGAUUAGACUUGCCCGAGACUUCCAGCGAGCAUUCCAGUUACGACAACAUUGCCUCCGAAUUUUCUGAUAAUGCAGAGCCUGGAAGCGUAGGUGAGGCACUCUUUGACAUCGAACUGGCAACCACACUUGAUGCCCGCACCGGCCAAGAAGUCAGCAAGUCUCCCGCCGCACCCCCGGCUCAGGAGAAUGAGAAUGCCGCUUAUCGAAAGCCCACGACUCCCUCGCUUGACCUCGGUUCCGUUCCCCCCUCUCUGGAAUUCGCCAAACCCCGACCGUUGCUGGGAAGGCUGGUGACAUUGCCCGGGUCCAUCUUCGAUCUGACACUGCGGCUGGAAGACCGGAUGACCUCGUGGGGCCGGGGCCCGAAGGCGACGAUCAGCCAUCCAGACCCGAUGGACACGCGGAUCCCGGCCUACGCGCUCGAGGUGACGUUCUGGACGGAGGGGAUGGAAGCGCGACUCGCGGCGGGGGAAGACUGGAUGCAUGUGCCGGGAGUGACGGCGAUCCUGUCGACCAAGACCCGCAGUCGCAUCUGGGUGAACGACAUCGAGCUGCGUCGCGGACCCAACACGGACAGCGAGGGGUUCUACUUUGGCAAAUUGUACACCGGCGACAUCAUCACUGUCUACCGAUACCAGCGCCAGUUCCUCAAGUUCCGCUGCGAGUUCUACCACGGUGAUAGUGUGCGAGUCCGGCCGGAGAAGGAGAAGGGGUUCUCGAUUCGCGUGGGAUUGCAUCGCACCAAACCACUUGGGGCGGUUAAUCGGCUCCCAGAAUCACGCACCGAAACAGGGAAGCAGCAUUAGAUUUCCUAUCUCUUCCCUUUUUCCUCGCUUGCUAGCUUUCUCUGUCUCUCUCUCUCUCUCUCAUUCGUCUCUUUUUUUUGCGGUACUAUUCAGACUCUCCGCUCAGUUUACGACUUGGGGGCCGUUAGUUGUUUCAUCAUGGAUCAUGUGUCGAAAGGAGGAACUUGGGUAUCGUGAUGGCAUUGGGUGUCAUAGGCGUCAUUGGGAUUACAUUCAAGAAUAGAUGUCAUUGAUAUAUCCGAUGGUGGAGUGAGUAAAGUGCAG